AUGAUAGAGCCCACAAGCCCACAAGUCGAUGAGCAGACGCGGGUUGACGCAAGUAGAGGUGGUGAUGUGCUUCAGAACAGCGAACGGUGUACAGGAAUGUGGACAGAACAGGACUGUGGGCAGAACAGGACUGUGGGCAGUACAGGACUGUACAGGAUUGUGGGCAGUGAGACCAGCGGCCGCGCACAGUUUUCCAGCGUGUUGUGCAAGUGUGGCAAGUGA